AACAGCAACAACAACCAGCGAACAGCAUCCGUGAAAAUGCAGGAGGCCUACGUGAACAUCAACUCCAUACCCACCCACAUACUCACGUGGGGCAGGUGGAUCGAGGAGAAGGUCACCGAGAAGGAGCUCGUCAUUUGCAUAACAGGCAACCCCGGCCUGCCGGGCUUCUACACGGAGUUUGCCAGCACUCUGCAGAAGCAGCUGGGGGAUCUCCCAGUGUGGGUGAUUGGACACGCGGGCCAUGACGAUCCGCCAGAGGCGAGCAUCCGCGAGGUGCCCCAGCUGACGGGCAACGAGGAGAUCUUCAAUCUGGACGGCCAGAUCAAACACAAGGUGGCAUUCAUCGAGAAGUACGUGCCGAAGGAUGUGAAAAUCCAUCUCAUUGGACAUUCCAUUGGCGCGUGGAUGAUCCUGCAGAUGCUGGAGGAGGAGAGUGUGCGGAGUCGUGUCCAAAAGUGCUACAUGCUCUUCCCCACACUCGAGCGCAUGAUUGAGUCGCCCAACGGUUGGGUCUUCACCAAGGUCGGCAUGCCCCUGUACUCGGUGUUUGGCUACAUCUUCUUCAGAUUCUUCAACGCGCUGCCCGUCUGGCUGCGCCUGCUCCUCAUCCAGAUCUACUUUCUCAUCUCCUCCAUACCGCGUGCGUUCCUGGGCACUGCCUUGAAGUACUCGAAACCCUCGGUGGCCGAGAAGGUGGUCUUCCUCGCGGACGAUGAGAUGUGCCGCGUGCGUGGCCUACAAAAGGAAAUUAUCGAAAAGAAUUUGCAUUUACUAAAGCUCUACUACGGCACCACGGAUGGCUGGGUGCCCGUCUCGUACUAUGAACAGCUGAAGAAAGACUUUCCGCAGGUGGAUGCCACGCUGGACACACACAAAAUUGACCAUGCCUUUGUGCUGCGACACGCGCAGCCUGUGGCAGGGAUUGUACGGGAAAUGAUUCAACAAAGCCGCUCGAAAUGAUGAGCCCAGGAUCUCUAGAAAGGAAGAGUCCAUUCCUCCGCCCACUGGCAAUCAGUUUUGUGUUAAUAUUUUUAUUAUACUCUUUGCAAACUCUCGAAGGAAACAAAACACUAAAUGUAGUCCACAAAUAUCUUGUAAA